AUGGCGCUCACGGUACCUAGCCCGCAGCCACGAUGGCUCGUCGACCUGAACAGCAACUCUCUCACCAAGCCCAAGAACACCAGUAUACCCGAUCCUCCCGGCUACACCGCGCCGACCACCACGAACGCUUCCAGAUCCAAAAAGUCCGUCUCGACACGAAAGGUCCCUACGCCAGAAGAGAUGGACAGCCUUAAGCUCAAAAAGGCAUGGGAACUCGCCAUCGCGCCAGCGAAACAACUUCCAAUGAACGCUAUCGGAAUGUACAUGACGGGCAACGGGCUACAGAUCUUCAGCAUCAUGAUGGUAUUCAUGCUGUUCAAAGGACCCAUUCAGGCGGUGCUGAACCUGCAAAACACAUUUGCCAGACUCGAGAGUCCGGGGAACAAGGAGCAGAUGAUCAUGGUGAAGUUGGCGUUCAUCGGGUGCAACCUGUUGGCCCUUGCGCUUGGUGUAUGGAAAGUGAAUGCGAUGGGACUGUUACCGACGACGAGAUCAGAUUGGCUGGCUUGGGAAGCUGCCCGAGAACCGGCGGAAAGAGCGUAUUUUGUCCCUUCAUAA